GAUAUAAGCAGUGAUCACACAAGUUAAUUAUUGCAAAUGGAGACGCCCAUUAUUUCCCAGCAACCGGCACCAAACGUGUUUCAUGAUUAUAUUGCUGGAGCCUUAGGAGGUACAAGUGGACUUAUUGUUGGACACCCUUUUGAUACAACAAAGAUUCAACUGCAGACUCAACAUAAAGGUCAUGGCUACCGAGGAACGAACGAUGCUCUGCGGCAGAUACAUACAAAACAUGGUUGGACCAAAGGUUUUCUACGUGGACUGGCAUGGCCAAUGUUGUCAUAUGGCGUAGUUAAUUCUAUCUUUUUUGGUGUGUAUGGUUCAAGUUUAAGGGUGUUUCAAAGACUAUUGGGAAAUGAAGGAAGCAAGCCUAGUUAUUUAUGUAUCUAUAUGUCUGGCUGUGUGGCUGGGGCAGCUCAGCUUGGUUUAGCUUGUCCAGUAGAUUUGAUUAAAGUAAUACUCCAGUCACAGAUUGGAAAUGAAACUAAAAAUUCAGGAUUACAAGCACAAAACAGACGUUACUUCACUACACCAUAUCAGUGUGCCCGAGAUGUUGUGAAGCAACAUGGAAUUCGUGGUCUCUAUAAGGGAUUAGUUAUCAUGAGCUAUCGUGACGUACCAAGUUAUGGUCUUUAUUGCUUAACGUUUGAAUAUCUCGAACACGUAAUGCAUAAAUACUCACUGACAGACAAAAAUGGUAUAACUGCAAAUCUCUUUGCUGGAGGUAUGGCUGGCACAGUUUGUUGGCUUUCCAUAAUGCCACUGGAUGUAGUUAAAAGCCGUGUACAAGCGGAUUUAGAUAAUGUUUAUAAAGGAUUAAUUGAUUGCGCCAAAAAGACUGUUCGUGAAGAAGGAGUUAGAGCACUAUACAAAGGAACAUUAAUAACAUGCAUCAGAGCAUUUCCGGUGAACGCUGCCACCUUUCUAGUAUAUUCGCAAUCAUUAAAAUAUUUAAAAUCUAGAUGAUACAACUGCCAGUUUUUAUGAGAUACACACAUGCUUAGCACAUAACAACAAUUGUGAGUGUAGUUCUCAUGGACUGUGCAUUGAGCUUCAGAGUAGUGCACCCGGUGAAUAGUGUCUUGAGAUGCACAAGAAUUAAGGUAUCAUUUAAUAGAACUACUCGCGGGCUUCGCAAUUUCCCAAUAUUACAGUUAUUCUUAAUGUAUAUUACACCUAGCCGUGCCUUCUAUUGACAAGAGUAUGUUAAAACAAAUUUUAGAAAGAAGAAUGAACUAAAACGGACAGCAAUUAUGGGAGACAACUCCGUCCCCUCGGCACACUUCGAAAUAUAUCAAAGUAAUUAAAAUUUCCAGUUUUUAGUGGUGUGAAUUACAUCAAUCUGCAUUUUAAAACAUUACAAUUUAUUUUAAUAUAUAAGAUGUGCACAUACUCAUCUUCUGCUUUGUAUCAAAGCAA